UUUCGCGCAACGGCAGCUGGACUAAGAUCAUGCCAACGGCGGCUUUGCCAGAGCCCCUUGAGACGGGUCCUCAUCGAAUAUCGAUGACAAAAGUGCGCCAAGCAACCAAGGGGAGCAUGCUAAUGACAGACGCAGACGUGGCGGAGCUCCUGGAUGCAACGGACGCCGCACCUCGUGUGGUGGCAGAAUGUGAAAAAAAAAAUCCCGCCAAAGCGCCGACACCCUCACGUCCACCAGCACCAGCACCCGACGCUGUCCCGGAGACGGUACCGUCAGUAGUGGACGGCGUCGCCAAGAUCGAUGUGCUCUCGGCAGCCGAACAGCGACGCUCCGAGCGCACGCAGUUUAUUCAAAUCUUGGAGCGCGCCUACGAGCUCCAGACGUCAACGAAAGCGCAGACCAAGCGAUUUGGCGCCCGCGACGCCGUCGAGCGCGCCGUGGAGCUCUACCGUUCGCCGCGCGAGUGCGCGAUUUCCGAUUAUAUUGAAACGACGCUCGACCCUGCGAUCCACGAAUUCUUUGAGCCGUAUAUGACUGCGCGUGCACCACUGUCGGCGUCCGAGGCGUCGUCCUACUGGUGGCGUCGUCUCAAGCUCGCCUAGACAACCUAUUUUCCAAGCAAUAAAGACGUGGCGGUGCGGGAUAAAAUAUAAGGAAGAAAUAUUGAUGCAA